UUAUGGGUAGAGAAAGUAGGUCGAGUUAUCUGUAAUCUCCAGAUUAUUUAAAUUUAAUCGGGCUCUUAAAUGCAGCAUGGCAACGAAAUCUCUUUUGUCUGGAGAACUUAUUAGUGACAGAGUUUCGACUAAGACAGUGUUAGAUAAAACUGGAUUACACUGGAACAACAAAUCGGGAGACACCACAAUUGUUUGGCCUGAUGUUAUUAGAGCCCAUUGUGGUAAAGACUGGAAGAAGGCUGACAAUGACGCCGUAUCUGCCGAGUGUUUCACUGUUCACUACAUACACCAUCUGCCCAACAAGAAGUGGAGACACAAGCAGAAGAUAUUCCACGCACCGCAGAACGUGGAAUCGUGGGUACAGCAUAUAGAGGAGAAACGAACAGAGGGAAAAGCAAAGCGUCUGCUUGUUGUCAUUAAUCCGUAUGGAGGCCAGCGCCAUGGUUAUCAGAUUUAUCAUAAAACUGUCGUACCCCUGUUUGAACUGGCAAGCAUCAGUACCGAGGUCAUAGUGACAGAUGAAGGGUCUCAUGCUGACAGAAUAGCAAGCACGUAUGAUUUCACUAAAGUGGACGGACUUAUUGUAGUCGGAGGUGAUGGUAUGUAUCAUCUGAUGGUCAACAGGAUGCUGAUAAGAAAACAAGUGGAAGGCGGAGUUGAUCAAAAUGACCCAGAGGUCGCAGUUUUGCCUCUGGACACCAAAAUAGGAAUCAUACCUACAGGUACAGGCAACGGUAUUCACGGUUUGUUGUGUGGCGUCAAGGAUGUUGAAACUGCUGCGUUGCAUAUAAUUAAAGGCCAAACAACCGACCUCGGUUCCAUGGGUAUAUUUGAAAAAACAAACACUUCGAGCACUUUGGUAUCCUAUACUGGACUACUCUUUGGUUAUGGAUUUGUGGCAGAUAUACUUGUUAAAACAGAUGAGAGACGGUGGAUGAGAAGAAUGAGAUACCCUGUAACGUUGGUAGCAUCACUGUUUUCCAAAAAGAGGCUGUUUGAUGCAGAAAUUGAGUACUUGACAAAGCAGGAGAAUAAAGAGGAUGACGAAGCAUUAAAUCAAGAAGGUGCAGCAGCAAGUAGCUGGAAGAAAUUGGAGAAGGCUACUUAUAUGAAUUUUAUGAUAUUUGUUACGGGUUUUACCGUUGAUGAUGAUGAUAAGCUUUCUAUUGACCCAUCUUCUGGCAGUACAGCCGUUAUGCUUCAGACAAAAUCAAGUGCAUCAGACUUAAUAAAAAUGAGCAUCAAGGCCACCAGAAAAGACAAAGAAUUGUUCAACUUACCUUUCCUGAAGUUACUAGACCAAAUUACCGCAUUUCGUUUUCAAGUAAUUGAAAAAGAUGACAAUGACAAUAGCACUGCCAGACUUGAGGAACGGGACAGAGAACGUGUUCUUAAUGUUGAUGGGGAAGUUUACCGCUACUCGUGCAAAAACAAAAUCGAAGUUAGAUUCAUUCCCAAAGUGAUUCAACUGUUUGCAACAUUUCCAACUGACAAGUCUACGACUUAGCUACUUUGAUAGUAUGAAAUCCACGUCCUUGGCUUACUCCAUCAUUUUCUCCACAUUACCACUGUCAUCAUCAUAGUACUAUCAUAGAGUCAUGAGCAUCACCAUCUAGUGUCCGAAGCCACGUUCCAAAAAGCGAUCUAAGCCCUAAGCUCACCAUAGGGGUAUAACUACCUUAUACACUUAUACAAGGUGAUCUUAGAGAUAAGGGCCCAGUUCUUUAUGUGUAAAAGAUUGCAUUUAGUAAUGUACUUGCUAUGUCACUGUAUUUUGGUCCUAUGGCCUCAUACUGAAUAACAAGUCUUGAAUCCAUAACAACUCCAGCUAUCGUUGAUAUUUUGACUAUAAUUUGUUGUCUAAAUUCUUAAAGGUUUGGGGUAUUAUCAUUUUUGUUUAGACAUGUAGUGUUUAGUGUAUUUAAUUAUUUUUGGGUAAAAACAUUCUCUUUUCAUAUUGAUUAUAUAACAACUAUAUCAUACUAAAAUGAUCAAAUACUACUCAAGUAUAAUCAGUAUCCAUUCUACAUAAUGUAUAUUAGAAAGUAUUACCAUUGACCUUAGUGUCACAUUUUACAGAAUGUGACAUUAUCUAUGAUUCUGUAUUGUAUAUUAGAAAACUUUGUUGUGUAUUAACAUAGGAAUUACUAUCAUACUAUAUAGGAUGUUACUUUUAAUUAACCAGAAAAAGAUAAUAUAUGAAAUACAGUAGAUGUACAAUAGAUGUAUGGUAUGAGUAAGAGUAAUAUAUUUUUUUAUAGUUGAAUGUUUCCAUUAAAUCAGUUUAUGGUAGCAAGACAUUUUAUUCUGUAGAUAUAUUUUUGGAAUCAUACGGGUAACCAUGUUAAAUGUUUGUGCACAGACUCAUGUUUGAGCUUUUAAUCAACACAUCAUUAGUUAACAAGCUGACUGUUAUUUGAGUGCCUGGAAUAGUGAAUGAAUGAAUGUUUAACGACACCCCAGCACGAAAAAUACAUCGGCUAUUGGGUGUCAAACUAUGGUAAUGCAAACAAAGUGAUGAUCAACAUCAAUAUAAAAAUUCAAGAUUUAAAC